AUGGUGGUGACUUCGGUGGUCCAUUGGGUCCGCGAACAAGCCUGUGGUGGCGGCGGAGGCUUUGUCAAGGAACUAAAUGACGGCAUCUGGUACGAAGUGGGAGACCAUUUGGCUCGUGAAAAGGUCGGCCAAUCCUUGCGCGAACAAUUGCAUUCGCAAUACAAGUCCAGUGCCAAGGCCAAGCGCCAACGAAAAAAGGAGGAACAAACCGCACAAACCCAGCCACAACAAACAACAAAGAGUGCGGAACUAAAACCACAUCAACAACAAGAACAAGAAGAACAACAAAGUUACAGUACUGUGCUCGAUCAAAUGGUCCGAUCCAAUAAUAGAAUCAAUCAAACCAUGCAAGCGGUUCAAUUUGUUACCUACAAUCUACCUGCCGAAGAAUCGUCGGAUGAUCUGCUCCUACGAUUGUUUGAACUAAGCAAUGCCAAUAUUUUGCAAACCAUCUCGAGUGAUGCCAAGUUGCAACAAGGCAUUUUGCAACUAACGAGCACUUUUAGUUGCUGA